GCAAACACAAGACGACACUGAUUCUACGAAAACCAUUAUCCGUUACCUUUUUAUCUUUGGUCUUCCUUUAGUAGUUCUCGUCAUCUGGAACAAAUUAUUUAGCAGCACCAAAACGGAGAGGACGACAGAAGCAAACAUGUCUUCAGGAAGAAUCGCCCCGCUCGUAUUUCCUGCAGCAUCGCAGCACACUGCCACAGUCAUCUUUGUUCACGGUCUCGGUGACACUGGACAUGGCUGGGCAAGCGCUGUUGAGAACUGGCGCCGGCGACAGAAGAUGGAUGAGGUCAAGUUCAUUCUGCCCCAUGCACCCCAAAUCCCUAUCAGCGUGAACAUGGGAAUGAGAAUGCCUGGAUGGUUUGAUAUCAAACAACUUGGAGGUGAUGUCGACUCUCUCAUCCGCAACGAGGACACCGAGGGCAUUAAGCUCAGCCAAAAGUACUUCCACAAUCUCAUCCAACAAGAGAUUGAUUCGGGAAUCGUCCCUGAGCGCAUUGUUCUCGGCGGCUUCUCCCAGGGUGGUGCCAUGUCUCUCCUUGCCGGCCUCACCUGCACAAGCAAGCUGGGCGGUAUCCUUGGCCUUUCAUCUUGGUUGCUCCUAUCCAAGACCUUUGCCGACAUGGUUAAGCCUACAGAUGCCAACCGUCAGACUCCUGUCAUGAUGUUCCAUGGCGAAGAGGACCCUAUCGUCCCUUGCGAGCGUGGAAAGUUGAGCGCCGAACUGCUCAAGGGACUUGGCUACGACGUUGCAUGGAAGACCUAUCCUGGCAUGGGACACUCUGCUGUUCCUGAGGAGCUUGAUGAGGUCGAGGCAUUCUUGAGGAAGCAGCUGCCCCCUAAGAACUAGAAGAUUCAGGGAAUUUGUUCUUAGAUAGCAUGCUUUUGCUAAGGUUUAAUUGCUAAACAAAAGAACAGAAGAAAAUAGACAU